UUAGCGUCCCCAUCUCUUCCUUUUGGCCGUCGACAGAAGCGGUGGAAGAUGGCAUCCCUGGCAUCACCUGAGUUGGUGUGGCAGAUGGUCCGUAACAACCAUGCCCACUUGAUGAAGUCCCGCAACAUCCGUAGACCCUUCAGCAAGGAAGCCAACAACCUGAAGAAUGUGAACACGUACCGCUACAACGGGUUCGUGCAGAACAACGUGGUGGGCGUGGAGCCCUCGACCAGUGGAAAGGGUGCCGUUUUGGUCACCAAGAAGAAGAGAUCCGCGCACAAGCCGGGCCAGAGCGUGCUGCGCCAGCCGCUGACCAAGGGCCGCCGCGUCUCCAUCCAGAAGGUGCGCCGCGCACUGAAGGCGGCCAACUACCGCAAGGACCUGCGCGGCCUGGCGUCGCGCCGCGCCGCCGCCAUCAUCCGCUCCCAGGAGCCGCCCCGGCCCACCAAGGCCAAGAAGAACUGAUUAGUAUAAUACACCGCUCUGACUGUAA